AUGCCCUCCUCCAUGUCCAGCUGGGAUGACGCAACCUCAGAGACCUUAAACGGCAACCUCUCUGACCAGGAGAUUCAUGAAAAAGAAGAGGAGGAGAUGAAUGAAAAGAAUGAAAACGCCAACUGCCUGAAUGAGGAGCCACUCAUCACUGCUGAUCAGGUCAGCGCAAAGCCAGACCUACCCGAGUGCGAGGUUUCAAGUAGCACUUGUGAUGAUGUAACGGUGAUCGAGGAGAUUGUUGAAAUGAUGGAGAAUUCUCCAGACCCCGGAGAGACAGAGGAGGAGGAAGAGGAGGAGAACGGAGAUGUACCACCGAAGUCAAACACCUCCAUUCUGGAGGAAAUCCGCAUGCUGUCCCAGGCCUCCAACAACAACUGCUCCUUCGAAGGUUUGAAUCUCAUGCCCAGCUCUGCUCUGCUGGAUCUGCUCUGCCGGGUGGAAGCGGCCAUCAGGGAAUACUCCGAGGAGCUCGUGGCUCAGCUGGCGCGGCGGGACGAGCUGGAGUUCGAGAAGGAGGUGAAGAACACGUUCAUCACCGCCCUGAUGGAGGUGCAGAACAGGCAGAGGGAGCAGAGGGACGUGAGUAAGCGCCGUCGCAGAGACAAAGGACUCAGCCUGCAGGGAACCACCCGCGCAGACAAACCUGGCACCAUGCCCGUGAAGUACCUAAACACAGUCAUCCCCUUUGAGAAGAAGGGAACUCCUCCCUCUGUGGACGACCUUCAGAUGCUCACAAAAAUCCUUUAUGCUAUGAAGGAAGACAGCGAUAAAGUCCCAACACUGUUGACUGACUACAUACUGAAAGUGCUGUGUCCCACCUAA